AUGAUCGAUGGUCUAUGUUUGACAGGUCGGCUGAAAGAUGCAAGGAAACUGUUUGACUCGAUGGUAGAUAGGGGCCUUCAACCUGAUGUUUUCAGUUGCAGUAUAUUAAUUGGUGGAUACUGCAAGAACCGUAAGUUGGAUGAAGCUGUGCAGAUAUUCAAGAAAAUGAAACGAAACGGGUUGAAACCCACAAUAGUUACUUACAACAUUCUAUUAGUGGGACUAUACCGAGAUGGAAGAAUGAAGACUGCAAAGAGUUUGUUUAAUGAGAUGCAAACAUUCGGUGUAUCUCCAAAUAUUAUCACAUACAAUACAAUGUUGGAUGGGUACUUCAAGAAUGGAUACACUGAGAAAGCAAUACAAUUAUUUGAAUCCAUGGAGGGUGUCGGUAUCUUAGCUGAUGUUGAAACAUAUAAUACUCUUAUUCAAGGUUUGUUCCAAGUUGGCAAGUUGGAAGAAGCUAGUAAACUGUUUAUUGAAAUUUCAAAAAAGGGAUUAAUGCCUGAUGUGGUAACAUAUACCACAAUGAUUAAUGGCCUCUUUUGCAGCAAGAUGUUACUGGAGGCUAACAAAUUAAUCAUUGAAAUGGAUGAGAAGGAUUGUGUACCUAAUGCUAUAACAUAUAAUACCAUCAUCAAGGGUUUUCUUGUAGGAAAGGAAACUGACAAGGCAUUGCAUUAUUUUGGGAAGAUGCGUGAAAUAAAAUUUGCACCAAGUGAUUCUGUUAGCUGUUUGUUAGUAAACACUCUCUCUGCAGUUGAGUUAAAAAAUCUCUAGUUAAUUGCUGAGGCAACAGCGAGAAUCUGAAUCUCUAUCAAGUUUCAACAUAUUUUGAUGAAUAUAUGGUUUCUUUCCUUUUCUUUUCUGUACUUCAGUCUUGUUUCGAGAAACUCUCAGUUGUCAUAUACACGGUUCCAGGUGCUGCCGCAAUUAGACACAUAGGUAUUUACAUAACAGAAUGGGGAUUUCUUCCAAAAGACGGCAAGGGAAGCUUCACAGGUACACCAAGAUUUUGACAUAUUUCAUCUGUAACGUGUCCUGUUGUAGUCUGUUUACUUAGGUUUCUGGUGCACUAUUUUAUCUGUUAGAUUUUAGUAGAACUUGACAUAAAGAUAGUUUCACCUUUUCUCUGAACCUGUAUCAAUGUUAUAUAGCAUACGAUGCAAGUAAACUGUUUGCUGAAAGUCCGAAAAAGGGAUUAGUGCCUGAUGUAGUGACAUAUACCGCAAUGAUUAAUGGCCUCUUUCGAAGCAAGAUGUUACUCGAGGCUAACAAAUUAAUCAUUGAAAUGGAAGAUAAGGGUUAUUUACGAGAUGCUAGAGGAUACGAUACCAUUAUCAAGGGUUUUCUUUUAGGAAAGGAAACUGACAAGGCAUUGGAAUUUUUUCACAAGAUGCGUGAAAGAAAAUUUGCACCAAGUGAUUCUGUUAGCUGUUUGUUAGUAAAAACUCUCUCCGCAGAGGAGUUAAAAAAUCUCUAGUGUUUUUUCUUCCUUUUUGAGUGAGACCUUGUAGUUGCUGAGGUAACUUGUGUCUUUUUUGGCAGCUUUAAUUGCUAACUGUUGAUCGUUUUUUCUUUCUGUGCUUUAGUUUUGUUUAUUGAAUCUUCAAUAGAUGUUUUACUCAAUUGAACAUCAUUCAAAAAAACAAGGUUGUUCUGGAAAUUCUCA